AUGCCAACAAAUGAUGGGACACACCGAGAGCUAUUAUCAUCAUCAUCACCUUUACAACAGGAAGCGCAAAUGUCAUUACAACAUCAGCAACAGCUGGAUACUUCAGUUGAUGUUAGUGGUACUGUCUCAACAACAACAUCAACAGCCACCCCUGGCAGUUUGAAUGCUGAAUUUUUUCAUUGCCUGACGCAAAAUCUGUUAGCAACAACAGUAGCAGGUACUAGUGGACAACCGCAAACAACCGAUACCGCAACUACAGGAGCUUCGGUUGCUGCUGCAUUUGGAUUACCUAUACCGGAUGUAUCAAUGAUGUAUGGUAAUGUUAAUCUGUACAACCUUUUCAAUCUUAAUUUGCUAACUGAACCGCAACAAAGCCAGCAGCAAUCAUCAUCUCUUCUCACCGAAUACCUUAGACAGCGAACUGUGGAAACAAACGCUCGACAACAUCAACAACGACAACAGCAACAGCAGCGACAACAGCGCCCCUUGAAAGAAAAGAAACGUAGCUAUCCCUGCAGUUUUCAGUGGUGUGAAUUGUGUCUAAGAGAAGUACAUAGUUCGAAACUACCAUGUCACAUAAGGCAACAUCAUGUGGCACAACCGAUGUUUAUUUGUCCACAAUGCAAAUUUAGCUCGAGCUAUUCGAAGAACAAUGUCAAAAGUCAUAUGUCAACAGUACACGGAUUAACUGAAGAACCAAUUAGUCAUAUGGAAGAGUAUGCGGAUGAAGUCGAACAAUUGAUGAAACGAUGUUUCCCGACUGUUCGUGGUCGUGGUCGUCCGGUUCAUAGUAAUAUUCGACCAUCAACUGCUUCUUCAUCUUCAACAGUUAAUACGGAAUCCAAUAACAACUCAAGGAGGAAUAGUGCUAGCUCCAUAGCAUCAGCCCGGUAUACACAUAGUUAUCGCCGUAGGGGUAUCAAACAUCCAGUACAGGAAAUAACCCAUGAGCUUUAUUCACCGGUCAGCAAUAAACGGGUCAAGAAUGAAAACGAUGAGAACGAAUCUGAAAUAACUAUUAGUCAAACGCCAGUCGGUGCUACCGGUCAGAGUUCACCAAGCGAGGAGGAUUCUUCUAGUAUUAGCAAUGUUCCGCGUCUUGAUAUCAAAGGUGCCUACAGCAAGAAUAUCAAUUACAAUCAGGGAACUAAUAGCUAUUAUAACCACAAUGGAACAAAUGAUUAUAAUGAGCAAGUCGAAAAGUAUAGGUCAUCUACUGGCUAUCAAAAUGGAAUUGAUCGGAGUGAAACAAUUGCUAAUGACAGUUCGCCAAGUUCAUCAGAGCAUGUCAAUCAUGAUGCUGAAUUGGAAACAGAAUCAAAUGACUCAAGUGUUCAUGAUUUUGAUGAAGAAGAGCAACCAUCGGGACAUAUCGAUCAUGUUCGUCCCCGCUAUCUUCCACAAAAUGCCAACUGGUGGAUAUUGGCUAAUGAUCAGCUUAAAGGGACUAUUUUUGAAACUUUUCGAUUGAAUGAAGUACUUCAUAAAUUUCCACGACAACCGUAUAAACUAGGCGGUAAAUUUUUUUUAACUGAAGAGCAAUUUAAACGGGUACAGGAGGUCAGGCAACAAUUAUCUCUUGAUUUGGCGAAACUUCGUGAUGCACUGUACAACUUGGAUUUAAACAUCUUACCGGUAGAACAAGUUGAUUUGAUUGCAAAUAUUGCGCCAACUUCGAUGGAUGUAUUCUGUUUGUUGGAUUGUGAAAGUGCUGAGCCUACUGCACUAAUUGGAGAAAAUGAACAGUUCCUAUUAAAGCUUGCAAAAAUUGAUCGAAUAGAAGAAAAGUUACAUGCAAUGUCAUUCAUGGGACAUAUUAACAGCCGUGUCACGGAGAUCCUAAAAAGUUUUGAAGACCUCACUAAUAUUGUGAAAGUUCUGAAGAAAAAUCGUGGAUUUCGUGCUUUGUUGCGUGUUGUCCUUGUCUUCAUGAACUUUAUCAUCGGAGAUUUUACAGCCAGAACAAUUAGAGGCUUCAGGGCAUCAGAUCUCACAAAAAUUUGUGCUGCGGAAGUGUGUAACUCACCAAAAACAACGUUACUGAAUAUUGUAGCAUCAUCAACUAUUUCGGAAUUUCCUGAAGUGUGUAUUUUUCGUGAUACUCUUCCGGCACUGGAGAAAGCUUCACGAGUGAACUUCCAAGAGCUUUCUGCAACAGUACGACGCCUCGAACGCGACUAUUUGCGAUUUGAUCGAGAAGCGAGUCGUUUGGACGAUAGAGGACAGAUUGCUGGAUAUAGAGAAAUCAUCAGGAAAAAAGUGAUGGAAGUAAAGGAUAGCUAUCGUGAAUGCAAGAUCAGUCUAUGCAAAACGAUGCGUUUCUUUGGCGAAUUAGUAGACGAAGAUAUUGGCCCAGAAAUUCCUGAAACAUUUUUUGCCAGUAUCGCUACUUUCUAUCGCCAGCUUCAACGGGCCUGGAUUGAUGUACAUCUGCACGGCAUCCCAGUGACCAAAGCUGUUUGA